UCAUAUCGAAAGAUGACUGAAGAUUUAUUAUUUAAAGAAAAAGGAUUUCAUCGAUUAAAUAAAGAACUUGAGCAAAAAGCAAAUAAUUUAAUAACAAAAAUAGAUUCUGUUGUUAAUACUUAUAACAAUGGAUAUCUAAAUAAUUCGAGGAAACAUUAUAUAAAUGUGACGAAAGAAAAAACAGCCUAUUUAAAUAGUAUAGAAAUGCAAAAUGAAGAUGAUUUUCAGGUUCCGAUUAAACGAAAUUCAUCUUUACCACAUAUUUUCGAUCACUCCUCUACUUUGAAAUCAAAAGUAGAACCACAAAAACAUAGUGAAGAUGAAGUUUCUAAACAAAAAAAACUGGCAAACCAGACUGUUUUUAAUUUUUUAAAAGGUAAAGUAGAUAUAUUACACAAUGAGCUACAAACCAUGCGAGUUGAAUAUAAAAAACAGGUACCAAAAAUUCAUUGUGAUAUUUGCAAGAAUUUGGAAUCUGAAAAUAAGAAAGUUGAAAUUAAGUUAAAGACUGAAAUAGAAUCAUUAAGAGAAACUAUUGCAAAAUUAGAAAACAGUAACAAGGAAUUGCAAUAUCAAUCACAAACAUUAAAUACAGAAAAUUCAAUUUUGAAGAAAGAUUUAGAUAAACUUCAAAAGCAGAUAAAGAUAACAAAUCAACAGUCCAAUAAUUGUAUUAUGAAAUUAAAUAGAUCUUUGGAAAAUAAUGAUAAACUUAAAAGUGCACUAAAGUAUUCUGAAGUAGAGGAAAAGGAACUGAAGACUCAAAUUAGGAAACUACAAGAAGAUAAAAAAUUAACAGUUACUCAUUUGGGAAAGCAACUUUCAGAAUUAAUACAAGUGUUUAAAAAACAAAUGUUAAUUGUUCAUAACUUAAAGAAGCAAAAUGCAUGCUUACUGGCAGUUGGACAACUAAAAUUAACAAAAGAAGAUUUUUCAAGAUUGCUGGAUCAAAAACCUGAAAAUUUAUGAUAUAUUGCAUAUAAAACAUUUAUUAAAUGAUUACUGCAAUUCAUACAUUGCAAAAAAUGGAAUAAUUUCAUAGCCAUGAAUAUUAUACAAUUUUA